UGCUCAUGGCUGACGGACAGGGAGCAAGGAAGAUGUGCUGCGUUUCCCCAGACAUCUGCUGUCCUUGUAGUAGUAGAGCGUGACUCCGCCCACCGGGAUCGCAGUGCACUGGCUGCUGCCCUGGCAAACGGACCCGCCCACGUUUCCCGCGUAAUUUUCUCUUCCUUAUAUGGGCAAUAGAAUGCCAGACGCAGUCCGACGUCAGUCGCGUAUGCAAAUGAGGUUGAUUGAAGAAAUUCAGAAAAUGGUGGAUGGAGCUAGGCGCAUGCGUAAACAUUUUACUAUACUCAGACAGAAAGUGAGACAGUAGCGAGUGGCGCAUUGUUAAAUGAGUAACGCCUGUAACUCUUGGAUUUCGUUGUGUGAUUUGACUCUUAACUGCUCCAAGUCGAGAUGUUUGGCUUUCAUAAGCCGAAGAUGUACCGCAGCCUUGAUGGAUGCUGCAUCUGCAGGGCAAAAUCCUCCAGCUCUCGUUUCACUGACAGCAAACGCUAUGAGAGAGACUUUCAGAGCUGCUUUGGUUUAGGGGAGACUCGCUCUGGUGAAAUCUGCAAUGCUUGUGUUCUGCUGGUGAAGCGCUGGAAGAAGCUUCCCGUCGGUUCCAAGAAGAACUGGAAUCAUGUGGUUGAUGCGCGAGGGGGGCCCAGUCUGAAAACUACAGUGAAGUCAAAGAAAGUCAAAUCCCUGUCCACACGGAUCCGACCGAACCAGCUCAGCAGAGUUCAGAAGGAACUGAAGAGACACAAUUCAGAUGCUCACAGCACCACGUCCAGCACAAGCCCCGCCCAGUCGCCCAGCUACAGUAACCAAUCAGAUGAAGGCUCUGACUCUGAGUUGACUCCUGGCUCCGCCCGCUCUCCAGUCUUUUCCUUCUUGGACCUGACGUACUGGAAAAGGCAGCGGGUAUGUUGUGGCAUCAUCUAUAAAGGUCGCUUUGGGGAGGUUCUGAUUGACCCUCAUCUCUACAAGCCCUGCUGUCAGAAAAAACAGGAGCAAGAGGAAGAAGAGGAGGAGGAGGAGGAGGACGGUGAUCUUGAGAAAGAGGAGGUGCAGAGCAGUCAAGAAAUUCUCUCUUCCAUUCAACCGCACUCCUCUCCUCAAAUAAAAAUGGAGCAGGAAGUGGACGAGGAGUGGUGAUACCACAUUGCCACAGUACUGAUGUGGCAUUCUUAGGAAGCCUUCGAGAGUCGAAACCCCUCUGACACUCUCAAAGACGUUUUCUCGGAUUGCCUUCGAUUCAAGAGCAGCUGGAUCUUUGUUCAUUUUCCUGUUUCCUUCUUCCUUGUUGAGAAUGUGUCUCUUUCAUUUCCUCCGCAGUCAAAUCAACCUUUAUUUAUCAAAUUGAACUGACGUCCUUGUUUGCCAGUGCCUGGUACCACACUGUUCCCUUUCCUAUGAGGAUUUUUGUUUUUUGUAGACCAGGGAAAAUGAGUUUCAUUUUUUGCUAUCCCACUCAAAACACAGAAUGCUGGAUCUACAUACAUCAUGCAUAGAAAUGUAGACAGUGACCACAAUGCUACGCUGUCACUUUUGUACCCUUGAACACCAUUCUGUCCUUCCUUAGGGGAGUCUCUCUGCACUUAGUGUACAGUAUUUAGUAUACAGCAAUCGGCAUCUGCUAAAUUGUAGUCCAUUUUGCUGGGAUAUAGCCAUUAUUUAGGGAAGAUCUUUGCCUUUUAUAUAUUUAUUUUUUCUGUCUUUGUCUUUAUCGUUAAGGUGUACUCAGAUUUUUUCCUCUCGGUUUUAUUUAAAGUGGCAGGUUUUUUUUUUUUUUUUUUUAUAAAGUGUCGUCAUUCUGUCGUUCACCCUUAUGCUGUUCCAAACCUCCUUCAAUUUCUUUAUUUUUUUCGUGGAACAAAAAAAGUUAGUUUUUGAAGAUCAUCUAGUUGCUUUAUUCAAAAUAAUGGAAGUGAAUGGGGACUGGAGCUGUCAAGCUCAAAAGUCACUAAAGCAACCCAAAAGUAUCUUAAAAAUUGAGCUGUGCUCUAGGCUCCAAGUCUUUUAUAGCCAAAUGAUAGCGAUAAACCAAAGUUUAUGUCAUAUGGACUACAUUUGAGACAUUUUUACAGUGCUUUUUGUCAUUUUGGAGCUUGACUGCUUCAGGUCCCCUUCACUUUUACAAUACAGAAAAGAUUUUUUGAUUUUAUGUAAGGAAAGUGAAGUGUGAUGAUGAGAAGGUGAGUUAACGAGAACAGAUUUGUUGUUUUAGGGUGAACUGUCACUUUUAAACCCUGAUUUCAGUUGUUGUCUGUAUUCAGCCUCUAAUAGGCAACUAACUCAACUUAUAGUGUUUUACUGCAAACGUUUCUCCAGACAGCAUUCUGUGGUGCUGAGGCAGACUGGGCAUGGCCAACCAAAAAUAAUGCCUGGCUAUCAACACUCCUGUAUUCAGUGUACUAAUGUAAAUAUCCAAAAGUGUAGAUUUGAUUCCAGGUUUAUGGAAAAGAGCAUGAACGCUAAGGAAACUAUCUUAUGGAUGAAAUUUUGCAUGAAUUUUGCAUGGCAUUAUAAGAAGAUUUUUAUUUAUUUUUAAUUUGAUUUGCAACCAUGUUGCAACAUAAUGUUAUAAUAAUUAAGGCACAUUUUGAGACCGUCACAAUAUAUUUUUGUAGAUAAAUGCAAGAAAAUAACAAAAAUUAAAUCAGGCUUUGACUACAACAUGGCAUCUCAAGAUGUCAGUGUUGUUUGAUUAUUACAGGGAUUUACUUGUCCUCAGCUAUUUUUAAAAAUUGGAUAUUUUCAAUAUUGUCUCAUUCAAAGCCAAAAAGCCCAACAUUUUUGCUAUUUAUUCAAUCAUCUUAUAUACACGUGUAAAUACUGUGUUUUCACAAUGACAGAUACUGCUCCUUUUUAACUGUCAUUAAAGAAUUUAGCACAUAUUCUGAAUUUUUUGGUGUUAUUUUUUUUAUUGUGUUUUUUUUUUUUUUUUUUGCCGUUUUAUGCCAGGGAAAUCUUUUUCAAAAAACUGAAAGUCUAAACCAAUGUCAGCUUGUACAUUUUCAUUAUAAAUCGACUUAAUCGUCUGUAAUAAGCUUUCAUAUAAGGAGUAUUCAUACUAAAUAUCCCAAGGUUUCCCUUUUGUUUCAGAAGGUCUGUCCUGCCAGUUUCUUUAUAAUUUUAUUGUUUAUGAUAGCCUUGGCUGUCUUGGAUUGUAGAAAUUACAUUGAUGCACACAUACUUCUGUUUAAUUCCAAUGGGUGGCGCUAGAGAGCUCAUUUGUUUCACACAAAACACUCCAUUGUACAUGAAUUUUAAUUUGUAUCGCUAAUAUAUGCUCCAUUUAGAAAUGGGUAUUUUGAUGGUGGCAGCUUGUGGCUUUAGUGUAAAUAUGAAUGCCAUGAACAAUUACUGUAUUUGUGGUAACAUCCGUUCAGGUGAAUCAAUUACAUGGGGAUUCGUGUCAUCUCUAUGACGGCCUUCUUUUGUAAAUAUAAGAUGUUUAAGUCUGAACAACAGUUAUUAUGAAUACUCUUAUUUAUUUUAUAUUUAUUUUUCUUGUGGUCUUUUCUUUUAAAGUUCCAUCUAGGACUAAACUGUCCUAACAACACUGCAAUAUGGACUGAAAACGCUUUUACACAUCACAGAUUGUCAACCGAGAUGUACUAAACGUUAUGGAGAACUUCAGGACCGGACAGCUGUAAAAACAGACUUUUUAAAUUUUUUAUUUUUUGUUUUGUUUAUGUUAAGUACAGCUAUUUUUUUUUUUUUACCUUUGUUUGAGGUUUCUAAUGCCCGAAUACCUUUCCUUAGACUAGUCCUUUAGUUGUAGUGCUACAGGCAUGUAUGGUAGCUAUGCACUUUGUAUUCACAUUACUAGAGAUAUAUGAGGCAGGUUUUGUAUUUUUUUACAUAUUGUACUUUUUACUUGUUCCUCAAUAAAUGUAACUUGUGAUGGUUA